CAGCACCCUAAUUACGUGAUGACGUUUGAAACUCCCACCGCAGGCGUAAUGUAGUCAGUCGUGUUGAAAAAAAAUAGAAGCUGAACGAGGAGAAAGCGCCGAAAUGGAGGCCGGCGUAGGUGGCUAAACACGAGAAGUGACAAACCGAUACAUUUUCAAUAAACUUUGAGGCGCUUAUGAUUCUCAAAAAGAGUAUAUCUGAGAAGAAUCUAGUUAUCCAUAGCUAGAUAACUCUGCAUUGGAUAUUGUUGGUUUAAAGGAGCAGCAGAUUGACCAUGGCGACGGACACCAGCUCCCCGCCACGGUUCUUCCACAUGCCGCGGUUCCAGCACCAGGCACCACGGCAGCUCUUUUACAAGCGCCCCGACUUCGCCCAGCAGCAGGCCAUGCAGCAGCUCACCUUCGACGGCAAGCGCAUGCGUAAGGCUGUCAACCGCAAGACCAUCGACUACAACCCCUCGGUCAUUAGACACCUGGAGAAUCGUUUGUGGCAGAGAGACCACAGAGAUUUCCGUGCCAUCCAACCAGAUGCAGGAUGCUACAAUGAUCUGGUUCCUCCUGUGGGCAUCUUGAGUAACCCCAUGAAUGCAGUUACCACAAAGUUUGUCCGAACUUCCACGAACAAAGUAAAGUGCCCUGUCUUUGUCAUAAGGUGGACUCCUGAGGGGAGGCGACUUGUCACAGGAGCCUCCAGUGGGGAGUUCACCUUGUGGAACGGACUCACCUUCAACUUUGAGACCAUCUUACAGGCCCAUGACAGCCCCGUGCGGGCCAUGACCUGGUCUCACAAUGACAUGUGGAUGCUGACGGCUGACCACGGCGGCUACGUCAAGUACUGGCAGUCCAACAUGAACAACGUCAAGAUGUUCCAGGCUCACAAGGAGGCGAUUAGAGAGGCCAGUUUCUCACCUACGGAUAAUAAAUUUGCCACUUGCUCUGAUGACGGAACCGUACGCAUCUGGGACUUUCUACGCUGUCACGAGGAGAGAAUUCUCAGAGGUCACGGAGCUGACGUGAAGUGCGUGGACUGGCAUCCCACUAAAGGCCUGGUGGUUUCUGGGAGCAAAGAUAGCCAGCAGCCAAUAAAAUUCUGGGAUCCAAAGACAGGACAGAGUUUGGCCACACUUCACGCCCAUAAGAACACGGUGAUGGAGGUGAAGUGGAACCUGAACGGUAACUGGCUGCUGACAGCGUCCCGCGACCACCUGUGUAAGCUCUUUGACAUCCGCAACCUCAAGGAGGAGCUGCAAGUGUUCCGGGGCCACAAGAAAGAGGCCACAGCUGUAGCGUGGCACCCUGUCCACGAGGGCCUGUUCGCCAGCGGAGGCUCGGACGGAUCCCUCCUCUUCUGGAACGUAGGUGUGGAGAAGGAGGUGGGUGGAAUGGAGAUGGCCCAUGAGGGCAUGAUCUGGAGCCUGGCGUGGCACCCGCUCGGACACAUCCUCUGCUCGGGAUCCAACGACCACACCAGUAAAUUCUGGACGAGGAAUCGGCCAGGGGACAAGAUGAGGGACAGAUACAAUCUGAAUUUGUUACCUGGGAUGUCAGAGGAUGGAGUGGAAUACGAUGACAUGGAGCCAAACAGCUUAGCUGCCAUUCCUGGCAUGGGGAUCCCCGAUCAGCUCAAAGCUGCCAUGGAACAAGAGGCAAGCGAUAAAGAGACUGCAGCCGAGGAGGAGAUGAGCAUCCCAGGUCUGGAUUGGGGGAUUGAGGAGAUUUUACAGAAAGACCAGAAGAAAGUGCCACAGAAGAAGGUCCCCUAUGCCAAACCCAUCCCUGCCCAAUUCCAGCAGGCCUGGGCGGAUAAUAAGGUGCCUCUCGUGCCACCGGGAGGAGAGAAGAAAGAAAGGAUGGAUGAGAAGAAAAUGGAUGGGAAGACCAACACCAACCCGAUGAUGCUAGAGCAAAUGAAGAUGGACCGUAUGAAUCAGAUGGACGGGAACAUGCCUCCCCCAGGAGGCCCACAAGGACCCAUGCCACCUUUCCCUGGCCAGGGUGGAACCAUGCCCCCACCUCCUCAGGGCUUCCCCCAGUCCAUGCCCCCUCAGCAGAUGCCCCACAACAUGGGGCCCCCCAUGGGCCCUGGCGUCAUGCAGACUCCGUUCAUGCGUCCGGGCCAGAUGGGCCCCCCUCCAGGGUCCCAGCACCACCAGGGGCCUCCUCAGGGCAUGAUGGGUCCACCUGACCUCCAUGGGCCCCAAGGCAUGCAGAGGCACCCCGGCCCCCACAGAAACAUGGGCCCCCAGGGGCCUCACGGCAUGCCUCCCGGACCCAGAGGGAUGCAGGGGCCCCCGGAAAUGCAGGGCCCCCCACCGGGAGGAAUGAUGGGGCCCCCUCCUCGAGGCCAGGGGCCUCCACCUCAGGGGGGCAUGAUGCCCCCUCAGGGGAAUAUGAUGGGCCCACAGGGACCCAUGCAGGGUGGGGUAGGGAUGGGGCCUCCCAUGCAGAACCCUCCCAGGACACACGGCAACAUGCCAGGCAUGGGGGGCAUGCAUGGGAUGGGCAACAUGCAGGGGCCACCCCCAGGUGGGAUGCACGGGCCCCCACCGGGUAACAUGCAAGGACCCCCCGGGAACAUGCAGGGGCCCCCUGGAAACAUGCAAGGACCCCCAGGCAAUAUGCAGGGGCCUCCAUCCUACAUGCAGCACCAGGUGGGACAAAACACUGGCCCCAUGAUGCAUGGGAUGGGACAGCAAGGACCCAAUGGCAAAGGAGAUACCCGAGGGCCUCCCAACCACCACAUGGGUCUUCCACCUGGGGGCCAGGGGCAGGGUGGCCCUGGGGGCCCUGACCAGGGCUCUGGUUCUUACUGGGGAGACUCUCAGCAGGGGCGCCGAUCCAACGACUUCAAUGAAGGUGGCCAGGACUUCCACGGACGGGGAGAAGAGAGCUGGAGGAGAGGGUCCAGCCAGGAAUACCAGGGAGGCCACAGAGGAGGGCAAGGGGGAGGAGGGGGGAAUGGGGGAAACUGGGGCUCUUCUGAGGAAAGAUUCCCCCGUGAUGGGGGAGAGUUCCGAGGCCGCAGGGACGACAGGUUUGGUGGUUAUGGGAGUCCAGGAGAGGAGUUUGACCAGAGGCAGAGAGACAGACUGCCUCCACCAAGGCAUGGCCAGGACUCAGACGACACGUACAGAGGGGUUGGACAGGGUCGCCCUGGUGGGAGGGGGUUCCCUGAUGAGUUUGGUGGGCAGGAAGAGAACUUUGACACCUCAAAUGAGAUGGCCGGAGGUUGGGACAACGGAGGGAGGGGGAGACCACCCCGAGGAGGGGGCCCACCCAGAGGAGGAGGAGGUGGUGGAGGUGGACGCCAGGGCUUGCUCCCCACCCCUGAUGAGUUCCCCCCACACUAUGAGGGAGGCAGAAGUCAGGAGGCCUGGGAGGGCGGGCAAGAUCAAGGUCACGAGGCUUACAGAGAAGGCCAGCGCUCCGAGCACGGCCCGCUGCACGACAGCCCGUCCCCUGCCAGCCGUGAGCGCUCCUCCUCCCUGCAGGGCAUGGACAUGGCCUCGCUGCCCCCACGCAAACGCCCGUGGCACGACGGCCCGGGCACCGGAGACCAAGACUCCCCGGGAGCAGGGGUAGAGGACAGGACAACAGGCCGACCGCCCCAGAGAGAGGAAGGCGGCUACGGCCCCUCGACCCGUGGUGGCAGAGGGGGCUGGAGGGGGGCGCCCCGCGGGGCCCCCAGGGGAGGAGGGCGUGGCCGGUAGGACUGAAGGAACAACUCACUACCAAUCGACCAACCUGCUCCCCACCAAACCUCCACUCUCUUACCUCCCCAUCCCCUUUUCCCUCCUAUUCACCCCCCCCCCCCGCAAAGAGGACAGGGACCAAAAAGAGAUACACAACCACUACCGCCACCUCCUGUCCCCCAGAUCAGUGGAUCAUCUCUGGGCUCAGACUACACCUCUUCAGGCCUGCUUGUAAGGCUAGAGGAUGGAUUGUUUACUGUGUGUAUAGGGGCCUCAUGGAGUGGGAAAGGGCCUUUAUUGCUGUAUGUGUCGAAAGCCUCAGGUCUUUCACUACGGGAUGGACGAGUUGCUAUCUUUACAUUUGGAUCCUUUAGACGACAGAUUCCGCCCUAUGGCUCUUUGCCAUACUCAUCCUGAUUGGUCGCUGCAGGUAUUGUCUAGUGGCCUGAUUGGACAUGACAAGCUGAAGCAAUCACUGAUUGGUCAAGGUUUCUAUUCCAAGUUCAGACAUGGGUCACAUAACAGAAUGUUUUUUGUCAGUGUGGUUUGAACAAAGCAUUGUAACAGGCAAGAAACCUGGGGUUUAUUCAGGAGGGUGCAAUGUUUAGAACAUUGUAGACUGGCGUUGGUAGGAUUCCUCAUUCUGCAUUAGAAAGAAUUGUCUGUUCUCAACAUAUUUCUGUCUGAAUGUUUUGUAAUGCUGCACCCUCCUGAAUAAACCCCUGGACACACUUCAUGUGAUAAUGUGAACGGCCCAUAGUUUCUCUUUUCUACAUGUACUGUACCAAUCACACAUAAUAGAAAGAGUCCAGGAUCUUACGCAGUUGGACACAUUGAACUUUGCAGAUAGGAAUACAAUGUACAGAUCAGACAACUUUUGUUUGUUUUGGGAAGAAUAGAGAACCAUGUCCACUCUGUACAUUACAUUUAUAUCUGAAAAUGUUCAGAGGCUGUGGCGCCACACUGAAAAUGCCCACCGUUUCAAGAUUCAUUAUUCCAGGAGAGGAUUUGGUCCUCGGCUAUAAGGGUGCAUCCCAAAUGGCACCCUAAUCCCUAUAUAGAACACUACUUUUGAACAUGGCCCAUAGGGGUAUGGUCAAAAGUAGUGCACUAUAUAGGGAAUAGGGUGCCAUUUGGGAUGCUCAGAAGUCCUGUUUGUCACUGGUAGUUAACAAACAGAACAGGGCGUUGAAUGUGUUAUUCCCCCCAAGUCCUCGGCUCCAUUUAUUUAAGUUCAUUUUUAAAUGUCCAAUAAUGGAGAGAAGAAGAAUCACUGUCUCAUCGCCGGGCUCCCCUGAAUAUUGAGGCGGCCUUCCUCUCUUUCUAAAUGUACAGUUUGUCAUGAGAUUGUCAUAUUGCUUUUGUCCAUUUGUUUUUGUAUGAGACUAAUAGAAAUGUGUGCAAAAUGUCA